GAAGCAGAGACUCCAGGCGGCAGCGUAACAUCCAUGUUUUGCUCCAGCUCAUUCUGUACUUCCAGGGACCAGGGAAGGGAAAUGGCCGCAGUGGAGCCAUUUGAGGGGCCAAUGGCCUUCAAGGAGGUGGCUGUGUAUUUCACCGAAGAAGAAUGGGCUCUGCUGGACCCCACUCAGAAAGCCCUCUACAGAGACGUCAUGCAGGAGAACUAUGAGAAUGUGACCUCGCUGGGGUUUCCAGUUUCCAAACCUGAUGUGACCUCCCUGCUGGAACAAGGGGAAGAGCCGUUGUCCCCAGAUCUUCAGGGCUCAGAGAAAAAAGAGAUCCUGAGAGGCAUCUGCACAGGUGCUGGAUUAGGGAGUGAGACCAUGGAGCAGAAUCCUCAGCAGGAAGAUGAGGAAGUGGACUCACAUGGUGCAUUAUUGCAAAGAUGCAAAGGGAUUGUAUCCAGGAGUUGUGAUCAGGGAAAAGCCUGUGAGAGUCAGCACAUUCCAGAGACAUGGCAGGGAAAUCAGCCAACACAGAAAGUUGGUCAGUCUGGUUAUUAUCGGGGAACUCACAAACGUCUCAAGGAAACUACGGCCCAGCAGAGAAUCCCCAUGAGAGAGAGAAAUAACACAUGUGUUGAGUGUGGGAAAAAGUUCAGUAGGCGCUCGCACCUUAUUAGACAUCAGAAAAUCCACACAGGGGAGCGACCCUAUGAAUGCUGUGAGUGUGGGAAAACCUUUGCUCGGAUCUCAACCCUUAAUAAUCAUCAGCGGAUCCACACAGGAGAGAAACCCUAUGGAUGCUGUAAGUGUGGGAAAACCUUCACUGAGCGCUCAAACCUUAUUCAACAUCAGAGGAUCCACACAGGGGAGAAACCCUAUGAAUGUUGUGACUGUGGGAAAACCUUCACUCACAGCUCUCAUCUUAUUAGACAUCAGAGAAUCCACAAAGGGGAGCGACCUCAUGAAUGCUGUAAGUGUGGGAAAACCUUCACUCGGUGCUCAACCCUUAUUAAGCAUCAGAGAAUCCACAAAGGGGAGAGGCCCUAUGAAUGCUGCCAGUGUGGGAAAACUUUCACUCGGCGCUCACACCUUAUUAGACAUCAGAGGAUACACACAGGAGAGAGACCCUAUGAAUGCUCCAAGUGUGGGAAAUUCUUCCGUCAGAGCUCAGCCCUUAUUUGUCAUCAGAGAAUCUGCAAGGGAGUUAAAGACCAUAAAAACAUUGUCUAGGGCUAAGAAAAGAUUUUGUUUUCCAUUUGUUAAUUUCCACAUACUGAACUUUAAAGCAGCAUUUGUGGUCUCUCAACUCCUCCACCCAAGUUGUCUGCUUUUCCCUUUUGCAGCUCACCUUUCCUUGGGAUGAAUCUCACACUUUUUAUCAACUCCUUUGUGCUAUGUCAUGGAGGUGUGUGUCUCUCCAAUAGGAAUGUCCGUCAACCUCAGAUGGGGUAAGUAGGAGUAACUUCAACUAGGUACAUGGAGGUUAAAUUUACCUGGACCUUGACUCUACUAGGAUUUUCCAUGGAGUUAGCUAGCUUGAGUUCACUAUCCUGAUAUUAAAAACUAGGGCUUUGAAUCUAAUAAAAUUAAUUGCACUUAAUUGUGAAAUU